CGGAAGAGUUCCUUGUAUCAUUCGUACACCUCUAUCUCUUCUAAGUUAUUUUCCUUUCGCACAUUUGUAAAUGUUGUUUACUCGACAUUGCCGAGGUGUUUAAAUUGACAAAUUUUCGGAAACGUUACAUGUCUAAAGACUCGAAAGGUAUUACAAAAUGUCUGAUAAAGCUGCACCGCAACAACCUGAGAAAAAAAAGGAGCCAUUACCUCCGGCAUUUAAUUUUCUAAAUGCUGGACUUUCCGGCAUGGGUGCAACCUGUGUAGUUCAUCCUAUGGAUGUGAUAAAGAAUCGGAUUCAAGUACAGCAGGAGAAGACUUCAAUCGGAUCUGUGAUCAAUUCCAUAUAUCGAAACGAGGGAAUUUUGAAAUUUUAUUCCGGCCUUAGUGCUGGUCUUGUACGACAAGCGACGUACACUACCGUCAGACUUGGUAUUUAUAAUCAACUACAGGAUUACUGGAAACAGAGAUACACCGGGAUACCCAGUUUCGGCACAUUAUCGCUUAUGGCAGGCACCGCUGGGGCCACUGGAGCUUUCGUAGGCACACCGGCGGAAGUUGCUCUCGUAAGAAUGACAGCAGACGGUAGAUUGCCUAAAGAGCAAAGAAGAAAUUACAAAAACGUAUUUCACGCAUUCGCGAAAAUAGCGAAAGAUGAAGGGGUUACAACCCUUUGGAGAGGAAGUAUCGCAACUAUGGGACGAGCUGUGGUGGUUAAUGUAUCUCAGCUCGCAACUUACAGUCAGGCCAAAUUUUUAAUUGCCUCGAAAGGACAAAUGAAGGAAGGUAUUGGUUUGCAUUUCUGUGCUUCCAUGUUAUCUGGAUUCAUCACAACGUUUAAUUCUAUGCCAUUUGAUAUAACUAAAACAAGGAUACAAAACUUGAAAAGCACAGGAAAACCACCUGGCAUGAUAACGAUGUUGUUAUCAAUAGCGAAAAAUGAAGGGAUAGGAGCACUUUGGAAGGGUUUCUGGCCUACGUACUGUCGAAUAGGCCCGCACACAGUGUUGACUUUUAUAAUUAACGAACAAAUCGCGAAUGCGUACAGACGUCACGCGUUAUAG